GUAAAUCAGUAGGUACAGCUGGUUGUCGUGAAAGUGUGCAUCGGAGAGUGUUGUUGCUCCUUCGAAAGGUGCGUUGUUCUCUCUCUCUCUCGAGUGCAUCGCGAGAGGAAGGGUAAAAGGAGGGCAUUUAAAGGAGAAGGAGAGAAAGACGAGAGUCAAAGAAAAUAUACAUGUAUACGAAGAGGAGGAGGAGGAGGAAGAAGCUGUGCUGAAAUAAAAAGGGGAGAAAGAGAGGCUACGAGGCGUGUAUGUAUAGGCAACGACCGACGCCAGGCUUCCCUAAUACAUGUACAGGAAAGAAGAGGAAUGACGGAAAUAAAAUAAGAGAGACCUUUCCACCCUCCUUGGGCCCAACGCUGAUCACCACGAAAAAGGAAAAAAGGGGGAAAAAAAAAAAAACAUAACGCAUGAGUAGUGCGGGGGUGGGAGGAGAUGAGCGAGGCAGCAGGAGCCGAGGAGGAGGAAGCGUCAACGAGUUUCGGUAGCUACUGCGGCACCAGCGAAACCAACAGCGACAUGGGACCGGAGAUGGACCUGGCGAACCGACCUAACCCCUGGCUUCCGGCCUACGGCUUCCAGAUCCAGCAUCACAACUUUCAACCCACGCACGAGGAUCUACGCGCUAACGACAGGAUGUGGGUGCAGGAUUACUUUAACCUGGAGACGAUUCUCGAGGAAACGUCGGACGAUCUGCAGAGCGACUCGGACCGUAGCAGCACCACCUACUGGCUCGGCUCCGACUCCGACAACGAGAGCGUCAUUCACAUAAGGAACGGCCAGCGGACCACAGACGAAAAGCACGAGGGAAGCGGCAGCGAGUGCAACUCGGUGGUACCGAAGAAGCGCCGGCGCAAGGGCCGCAACCAGCACCACCACCCCGGCACCGAGCCCCAACACCACGGGAGCUCCUCCCGCGACUCUUCCUCCGCCUCCUCGCGCUCGAGCUCGCUCCUGCAGUUCGAGUCUCUCGAGCGCACCUGCGCCACCCUCUCGCUCUCCAGUUACAGCUUCGACUCGCUCGAGUACCAGCACCAGCAGCAGCGCAACUCCCAGUCCCCGAGCGUGGCCAGGCACCAUCACCACCAUCACCAUCGCCACCAUCACCACCACCACCACGGCGCUGCUGGUGGUGGCAACAGCCGGGAGCAGACCUCGCCGGACAGUCUCGAGCUCCACGACUUUGGGCAGCUCAACGGGUCCGAUCUGUCGAGGGAGGCCGAUUGCGGGGGUACUUUUGCCCGGCUCAGGCCGUACAGGAGCUUCGAGAGCCUCGGGGAGAAGGACCUGCUGGCCAGGGAGCCGCAAAUCGGUGGAGGCUCGCUCAUGCUGGCCAAUGGAUUUUCCUCUCACGCCUUUGUUAAGAACUCGGACCUCUCGCGCGUCGCCAGACGCCCGAGGUCCCGCAGAAGGAACCCAUGGCAGAUGAACGAGGUCGGCGCCUACUCGGACUCGUCCGACAACCUGAGCUCUCCAGGCGACGACGAGGAGGAGGAGGAGGAGAACGAAGAGGAGGAGGAGGAGCUGGGGCACGAUUACGGAAGCUGCCCACGUUACAACGAGGUGGACCAGCUGCUGGUCUUUGGGGAGCAGUCCUCGACGUACGCCCACACGGCUGCCCUCGACUGCCGGAACAGCGUCGACCUGCGCGACUUUGGCCUCGACUCGGACGACGAGGGCAAGCGCCGCGAGAACACCCUCCUCGACCUCAAAGCCGCGGCCAUCAGGCACGAGUCCCCCCUCGACUACGACGACCCGGACGUGCAGCUACGCAAACGGCACCACCACCACCACCACCACCAACACCAUCACCACCACCACGCGCGCACGGCCCACCACCAACAGUACACGGCCAACGCGGGCGUGGAAGCGCGGCUGAGCGGCGGCGGCGGCAAUUCUGGCACCGGUACAACCUCCGCAGCACCGGGCGCACUGGCAGCGGCCGCGGGCAGCGGGUCGGGCUGCUUUAAUUUUAGAUUCGCGGAUACGUGGCGCAGCGCGCCCAGUCUGCCGGCCAGCCUCUUGGAGACAGCCUCGUCGGCCUCCACGGCGAGCUUGUUGCGCGACGAGAGGUUCACCCGCGUGGCCAGCGUACCGGCGGGCCUCGAUCUCUGCGGCCGAAACGACCCCGAGACACGGCAACUGGAAGGCUCAAUUCAAGCACGAGGGUGA